CGAACCUGCCAGUGCCGACAAUCGCUGCCCUGGACGGACUCGCGUUAGGUGGUGGUCUGGAACUGGCAUUAGCAUGUGACAUACGAGUGGCAGGAACGGAGAACAGGAACUGGGUCAGACACAACUGAAUGUGAACCUUAGGUCCUGCCCUUUUUGACCAGUGUCCUCCUCUGAAUUGGGGGAAUUCAUGGUUGCAGUUGUGAAGAUUGACCUCCUGACCUAUGGCAGAGCUGGUCCUUGCUCCCUUGGCGGUGACCUGAAGGCUCCGGGACCAGGGACUGGAGGAAGCAGGCAGAAAGUAGUUCACUUUUCUCCCAGGUUCCCACUGUUCCUUCUGGUGGAGCUGCCUGCUUCCUCUGCCAAAAUGGGCCUGGUUGAGACAAAGUUGGCAAUUAUUCCUGGUGGAGCCUCCUGCCACAUGUGUCUCCAGCUCUCCAUUCUCCCUCCGCAGAUGCACACCCAUCUUUCCUUGCUGAGCCAUUUCAAAAUAACAAGGAAAAGCAUCUUCAGUGAUGGUUAUUGGCAUCGACUGUUCCUCAAAAAGGAAAAGAAGAAGAUGGGAGCACUCGGGUUUCACGGGACCAGAACCAGAGUCCUGGCUUAUUGGGAGCUUAUGUCAGUGGAAACCACAGCUUCUGGCUUGUGUACCCCAGCACACCCCCUCGCAGCCUCUGCUCUGGGAGGACCUGUGAGAGGAGAGGUUCUGCACUGGAGAGGAUUGGAAGGGAAGCACCCAGACAUGUGUCGUGCACCCCAAGUUGGGAGGCCUGUCCUGCUGCUUCGCGUCCUGGAAGCGCAGUCACUGUACAGAAGGUGGCUGGCCAGGCACCAAGGGCUGACUGUGUGGGACAUUUACCCGGCAAGGUCAUCUUCCUCCCCCGGAGGUGCUGAGACAGACUCAAAAGGCGAGUACGUUCCUGCGGGGACCCCACAAUCCCCGGUGCCUGGGCUCCUGGGACCCUGCCCUUUCUCUAAGGUCAGAGCAGACACGUCGGUGGGCUCACGGCUUCCCUGUGUUCUGGGGAAGUCACGUGUGACCUCUCUAUCAGGCACUUACUGGCCUUCACAACACCCCGGGGAGGCGGGGGUUGAUGUGCUUGUAGGAGUCCUCUAGACCCUAAAGCGAACCCCUUUCUGAGCUGAAGGUAGGAUUCUUGGGCAGCCCGACAGCACAUCUCCACGGCCCAGCCUGAUAGAGGCCUGUCUCGGGGUGACGUCUGCCCUCAAGAGGCCAGCAGUGACUCCCUGGGAAAGUCUCUCCUGUUUGAUGAGAUUAAAAGUAUGGGUGCUGUUUUUCAGACAAGAAAACAUAGUGAAUAUGCCCUCCACACUUUUUUAGUUUUUAAUUAGUGAUUUAAAAUAAAAACCAUGUGACAUCAGCUGACUGGCCAGGCGUCUCGAGGCUCCCUGGGCCCAGGAGACCCCGCUGCCCCUGAACGUGCAAGCAGGAGGGCAGUCCUGCUCCUCCUGGCCCGCAGCGAGCCUGGGAGCGGGAGCUGCAGGCCCUGAGGAACCUCCCUGGGCACGUCGGCGGCGUGGGCGGCCUCACAGCCACCUCCUCAGGCCAGGCCGGCCCCUUCCAGCUUCUCUCCCUCCACACUGGGCCUGCUCUUCCUUCUAA